AAACGUGAUCUGUGUUUACAGUGUAAAAAGAAACAUGUUACAGAAAAUAACACCAAAUAUCACAAUGUAGUGUUCUAUAUAACUCGUCAUACCGAGAGGAAUUUUACCACACAGUGUAAACUACGACAGUGUUCUCAAUGUCAGGGGGACACUGAGUUCUACUGUAACACAUGUAAACGUGAUCUGUGUUUACAGUGUAAAGAGAAGCAUGUCAUUGAUCUAGAUACCAUAUAUCAUGAUGUUUUGAGUUACCGUGAGAAGUUUAAUCGUUUCCCUUUACGAGAGACCUAUGUCAGACAUCCAAACAGAAAAUACAGAAUGUUUUGUGAUCAGUGUAACUUUUCCGUGUGUAAGCGCUGUACAAACCAUAGAACACACGCGCUGGUGGAUCUUAGAACAGUCUAUCAAACAAAGCGACAACAACACAGAGAAAUCAUUGACAACAUCAGAAGUGAGACUCUCUAUAACUGUCGUGUUCUCCUGGCAGGACUCCAAACUGAUAUCCAAACUUGUCCCCCACAAAUCUGUCAUCGUCAAUCACAGAUGUCAACAAAAGCCCAGAGACUGAAGGAUCUGAUUGACACUGUGGUAUGUGAUGUUCAAACAAGAUACCGAGGUUUAUUGAUUGAUAGAAUACAACAACAGAAGAGAAAAAUGAACAGACAACUUGUUCACCUACAGAACUAUGAAGACAGAUAUGAACAAUCAGCAAACAGAGCGGUACAAUUCCUCUUGUUUAUAAAGACCAGUCGUGUCCCCCAGAUAAAGAACAGUCCUAGUCAGUUAUUGAGUGUCAUCACAGAAAUCCAAAUGACAACAGGAAAACGACAAGUAGGAAUAGACGAGUGUGUGAAACUGAUGUCCACACCUGUAUUACACACGUCUGUCUGUGUGACAGGUGUUAGACGUGUGUUACACAUAUCUCGUGUGAUGUCAGACCGGGUCUGGGUCUCUCAUUACAAUCUCAUCUUGACAGACACAACAGGAGACACUAUACACCGUGUGACAGAUAUAGGAUGGUAUACAGGAGUACACACAGUGAACAGUUCUGGUGAACUGAUUUAUAUAGACAGUGAUUAUAACAUCAACAAACUGUGUACAGACAAUAAAACAGUCACCAGACUGAUACAGAGAACAUCACCAUGGUAUCCACGGUGUGUGUACUGCUCCCCGUCCACUGGAGAUCUGAUGGUGGCGAUGUGUAACACUGAUACAGAGACAGCCAAGGUAACCCGGUACAACAGUAGUGGUCAACACAUCCUGACCAUAGAACACGACAACACAGGUCACACGCUGUAUAGUGGUCCUCUCUUUAUCACAGAGAAUAAUAACGGUGAUAUCAUUGUGUCUGACUGGAUUAAUUCUAAAUGUGGUGUUGUAGUGGUGACAGAGCGCGGGGGGAGACAUCGAUUCUCCUACACAGAACCUCCAUCAGGAUCAUCACUAACACCACUAGGAAUCUGUACAGACGCGCUGUCACACAUCCUGGUGUGUGAUGUUUACACUGACACAGUACAGAUGAUUGACAAGGACGGUCACUUCCUGUCUCUGUUACUGACACGACAACACGGGGUAAACAGACCACACAGCCUGAACUAUGAUGAUAAAACUCACCUUCUCUGGGUCGGAUCAGGGGACACCAACACAGUGUCUGUAUAUAGAUAUCUACAGAGGAGGUACUCUCUGACUGACUAUCCAGACAGUGAGGAAUACGACACCAGGGGAGAAUCUGACUCUGAUGACGAGGACGUCAGGGGAGAAUCUGACUCUGAUGACGAGGACGCCAGGGGAGAAGCUGAUCCUAAAACAUGUUGCCAGCGGUGUAUCUUGGUGUAGAUAUGACAUACAAUUACCAUUAACAUUCCUUCAGCAAAUAACACUGAUCUACAUUUCUUAAUCUGGUGAUGGUGGACACUGAUUACAUUUUCUCAUCUAGUGAUGGUGGACACUGAUUACAUUUCCUCAUCUAGUGAUGGUGAACAUUGAUGACAUUUCCUCAUCUAGUGAUGGUGGACACUGAUUACAUUUCCUCAUCUAGUGAUGGUGAACACUGGUUACAUUUCCUCAUCUAGUGAUGGUGGACACUGAUUACAUUUCCUCAUCUAGUGAUGGUGGACACUGAUUACAUUUUCUCAUCUAGUGAUGGUGGGCAUUGAUUACAUUUCCUCAUCUAGUGAUGGUGGACAUUGAUUACAUUUCCUCAUCUAGUGAUGGUGGACAUUGAUUACAUCUCCUCAUCUAGUGAUGGUGGACACUGAUUACAUUUUCUCAUCUAGUGAUGGUGAACACUGAUUACAUUUCCUCAUCUAGUGAUGGUGGACACUGAUUACAUUUCCUCAUCUAGUGAUGGUGGACAUUGAUUACAUUUCCUCAUCUAGUGAUGGUGGACACUGAUUACAUUUCCUCAUCUAGUGAUGGUGGACAUUGAUUACAUUUCCUCAUCUAGUGAUGGUGGACACUGAUUACAUUUCCUCAUCUAGUGAUGGUGGGCAUUAAUUACAUUUCCUUAUCUAGUGAUGGUGGACAUUGAUUACAUUUAUCAGUCAGUGAUGACAGACAUACAUUAAAGUUGAUCAUUGUGUCAAGUAUUCGUGAUUUUGUGUUGAUUAUAACCUCCAUGUGAUUCAUUGAUCAAACCUUCAUUUUCACACUUUAUUUAUUACAUUUGUAUGUAUUGACUUGAUGAGAUACAUGUGUAUGCCCCCCUUCAAAGAAGAGGGGCAUAUUGGUUUGUACCUGUCGGUCGGUCGGUCGGUAGACCACGUUGUCCACCCAAUAAUGAUAUUUCAUAUGUAGGUUGGUUAUGAAAAGAAGAGGCCCCCUAUUGUUUUUCAGGUCAAAAGGUUAAAGGUCAAGGGUCAGUCUACUCUGGACAUAGGAAUAUACUGUCCGCUCAAUAUCUUGAGAACCCUUUACUUGACAGACAUCAAACUUGGUACACUGGUAUAUCUUUAGAAAAAGAUUACCCAUAUUGAAUUUGAGGUCCCAUGGUCAAAGGUAAAGGGUCAAACUGGACAUUCGGAUUCACUGUCCUCUCAAUAUAUUGAGAACCUUUGCUUGAUAUAUACCAAACUUGAUACACUGGUACAUGUUCAGGAGUUGAUGACCUCUAUUGAUUUUUAGGUCACAUGGUCAAUCCACUCUUGAUAUAGGAAGAUAUUGUCUGCUCAAUAUUUGAAUUAAUGAUACUACUCUCAUUUAAAUGAUGUGUGUAUAACCUUUUUCAAUUUUGCACCAUGGGUGGGGAGUGGCAUAUUCGUUUUAGAAACAUCUUAUGUCGAUAUAAGUUUUAUGAUGUAUUUUUUAGCUCACCUGAGCGGAAGGCUCAAUUGAGCUUUUCUGAUCACAUUUUGUCCGGCGUCCGUUUGUCUCUCUGUCCGUCUGUCUGUAAACUUUUCACAUUUUCGUCUUCUUCUCUUGAACCACUGGGCCAAUUUCAACCAAACAUGGCCAAAAGCAUUCUUGGGUGAAGGGCUUUCAAGUUUGUUCAAAUGAAGGGCCAUGUUCCUUUCAAAGGGGAGAUAAUCACAAAAAUGCAAAAAUAGGGUGGGGUCAUUUAAAAAUCUUCUUCUCAAGAACCACUGGGCCAGAAGAGCUGAAAUUUACCUGCAAGCUUCCUGACAUAUUGCAGAUUCAAGUUUAUUCAAAUCAUGGCCCCCGGUGAUAGGAUGGCGCCACAAGGAGGAUCAAAGUUUUACAUACAAAUAUAUAGGGAAAAACUUUAAAAAUCUUCUUCUCAAGAACCACUAAGCCAGAAAAGCUAAGAUUUACAUGAAAGCUUCCUGACAUAAUGCAGAUUCAAGUUUCUUCAAAUCAUGGGCCCCUGGGGUUGGAUGGGGCCACAAUAGGGAAUCAAAGUUUUACAUACAAAUAUAUAGAAAAAAUCUUUUAAAAUCUUCUUCUCAAGAACCACUAAACCAGAAAAGCUGAUUUUUACAUGAAAACUUUCUGACAUAGUGCAGAUUCAAGUUUGUUCAAAUCAUGGCCCCCGGGAAUAGGAUAGGGCCCCAAGGGGGGAUCAAAGUUUUACACACAAAUAUAUAGGAAAAAUCUUUUGAAAUUCUUCUUCUCAAGAACCACUAAGCCAGAAAAGCUGAGAUUUACAUGAAAGCUUCCUGACAUAAUGCAGAUUCAAGUUUGUUCAAACCAUGGGCUCUGGGGGUUGGAUGGGGCCACAAUAGGGGAUCAAAGUUUUACAUACAAAUAUAUAGUUAAAAUCUUUUUUUCAAUAACCACUGAGUCAGAAAAGCUGAUAUUUACAAGAAAACUUUCUGACAUGGUGCAGAUUCAAGUUUGUUCAAAUCAUGGUCCCCGGGGGGUAGGAUGUGGCCACAAGUGGAGGGUGAAAGUUUUACAUACAGAUAUAGGAAAACGCUUUAAAAAUCUUCUUCUCAAGAACCAUUGGGCCAAAGAAGUUGACAUUUACAUGAAAGCUUUCUGACAUAGUGUAGAUUCAAGUUUGCAAAGGGUAGUUUGGGCCAUAAUAGGGACCAAGGUUUUACAUGCAAAUAUAUAUGGAAAGUCUUCAGAUAUGGGCCAAGGUGUCUCGGGUGAGCGAUGUGGCCCAUGGGCCUCUUGUUUGCAAAAGAAGUUUCAAUCAUGUAAAUGUUUUAGAUAUUUUCUAUCUGUAUUAUGCAUGUCUGUUAAAAUAAAAAGAAACGAUUGUGUACAUACAAAGACCCAAAGUGUUGUCUUGUUUUAGAUGUGUCUUGAAUCAAGUUUGACCUGUGUUUUGAAUAAGCUUAACAUGUCAAGUAUACUAUCUCAACUUAAAGCAUUCAAUGUAUAAUGACCACAUUUCAUAUCUAACAUUCUAAUUAUUGGAUGGUGGAAUAUUUGUAAUCAUGGUAUCAUUUUGAAGGGUUCAUCAAAUAAAAAUAAUCCACGAUAGGUAUUUUCAAAAUUUUGUUGACUGUUUGAUUUAUUUCACCUAGGAUUUAACAUUGAAGUAUAUGGGGAAAACAUAUUUUAUUUCAAUAAUUUGAAAACAAAUUAUAUUUUCAUACUAAUCUCUUGGUAGAAAGUUACAUACACUUU